AUGAGGUUGUUGCAGGACUUUCAUGUGGGCUGUGAUCGGAUUUUGGGAUCUGAUGCCAGAGAAGAUAAGUGUCGAGUGUGCGGUGGUGAUGGAAAUACAUGUGAGACGAUUGAGGGACUCUUCAACCAGUCACUACAUGAGACAGGAUAUGAGGAAGUAGUCUGGAUUCCCAAAGGCUCUGUCCACAUUGAAAUUCGUCAGCUCAAUGUAUCACAAAACUACCUGGCCCUGAAAGCAGAGGAUGGGAAUGAAUACUUCAUUAAUGGCAAACCUCCACCAGAUACCACAAAGAAAUUUGAUGCUGCUGGGACCAUAUUCCACUAUAGAAGACCUCAGAAUGAGCCAGAGUCACUUGAAGCUUUAGGACCCAUUAAUGCAACACUAGUUCUGAUGGUUAUGAUGAGAGAGGAGGUAUUUGGUAUUCGCUACAGGUUUAAUGCUCCCAUCAAUAGACAUACACAGACCGGGUACAGCUGGCAUCUCUUACCAUGGACUAAAUGCUCUGCACUAUGUGCUGGAGGGGUGCAAAUGCAGUAUGUUGUUUGCAAAAGACUGUCGGAUGGAUCUGCAGUGUCUGAUGACAUGUGUGACACACAAGACAAACUACAGGAAAAGCAGCGUCUAUGUAACACUGAACCUUGUCCUCCUGAGUGGACAGUGGGUUCAUGGUCUGAAUGUAGCCGGAGUUGCAAUUCUGGUGUGCGUACCCGCAAUGUGAUCUGCCAGCGGAGGGUAUCCUCAGGGGAGGGGAAAUAUCUGGAUGAUAGCAACUGCCCAACACCUCGCCCAACCAUGCUGGAGCCCUGCAACAUGAAAGCAUGCCCACCAGAGUGGGUUGCACUGGACUGGUCCGAGUGUACUCCAAGUUGUGGUCCUGGGUAUAGACAUAGAGUUGUCCUUUGCAAGUCAGGGGACAAUGAGAACACGCUGCCACCCUCCCAAUGCCAAGGAACAGAUAAGCCAGCAACUAAUAUGAGGUGUACACUGCAACGUUGUCCCCCACCUCACUGGGUGACAGGUGAAUGGUCUGAGUGUUCAGCACAAUGUGGACUUGGACAGCGGAGACGUUCUGUACAGUGUGUGAGCCACACAGGACAGCCCUCAGUGGAGUGUGUAGAGUCUGUGCGUCCGCCUGCUAUGCAGCAGUGUGAAAAUAAAUGUGAAGUUGGACCUUCUGACAGUCCAGAUGAAUGUAAAGAUGUCAACAAAGUGGCCUACUGCCCCCUGGUGCUCAAGUUUAAGUUUUGUAGCCGACCAUACUUCAGACAGAUGUGUUGCCGGACCUGUCAGGCCCACUGACAUUAAUCAGGAGUAGCCAAUCUCUUGUCUUUCUUCUUUUUUUUUUA